ACAUUUAUUUAGCUUACCUCAGGGGCAGCAGAACAUCUAUGAAUGGGGGAGGAGGGAGGCCUGUCCUUGUGGAGUGUCCUUCUAAACACAGGCGAGGCAUAGUUCCACUUAGAGGGACUGAAAGUACCGGGUCAUCUCACUCUCGGGAGCCCUGCGACCCUGCAGCAGACUCUUCCAUUCAGAGUACGCCCAUUCUGUUGGCAGGCACAUACAAGGCUGCCUCCCCCCUGAAUCAAUCCAGAUGUCUGGCAGCUGAGCCUGUACAUUGCCUCAGCCCCGUGCUCCAGGAGACUGGCAAGUCAGUAAGUGACAGCCUGCAGACAGAACCUGAGAGCAGGAUAAUAAGUUAUGUGGUGGGCCUCUUGAAGGACACAGUGCUCUCUCUCAAGGGACUUAAGUCAACAGGAACUCCAGGUCACCUCCACUUUGGAGCCCUGGCCCCUCUUCCAGGCACCCUCUCCUCUUUCCCCCUAUACUUUCUGCAGAUUGCCAUUAAAGUGCGGGAUCUGCCUCAGCUGCAGACACGACUCUAUCCCAUAUUCCUUCCCCAAGGCUGGGCACUCCUCGAGUGUGGGGUCCUUAAAAUUACUCCCAUUAACACGAGAGUUUUAGCACUGAAGGUCCCUCAUCUUUGAGAAACCAGGAUGGUGGGUCACCCUAGCAGAAAUCACAGCAGUUUUGCAGGGCCAACCUCACAGCAGGAGAUCUGAAAGCAGGAUCCGCAGGUUUAAUCCAAGUUAGCAUCUUGCCAGCUCAGCGAAAGAACAAUAUUUCAGAAGCUUCAUAUCGGUAGUUUGGAGAAUAACGGUCCUCUCUUCCACCGUCCUGGCCUCUUGGACACUUGUCUAGGACGGUCGGAGGGGGCGGGGAACUCAUUAGCAUAAUUUAUGCACGCGCUCGUUUAGCAGUCAAUUAUAUGCGCAUAUAUUUCCAUGGCUGAUGAGGCUGGCCGGGCACUUUCAAAAUGGCGGAGCGUGGAGCGAGUGGCGGCGGGAGCGGCGGGGACAGUCUGGACAAGAGCAUCACGCUGCCCCCCGACGAGAUCUUCCGCAACCUGGAGAACGCCAAGCGCUUCGCCAUUGAUAUAGGAGGGUCAUUGACCAAGCUGGCCUACUAUUCCACCGUGCAGCACAAAGUGGCCAAAGUGAGGUCCUUUGACCACCCGGGAAAGGAUGUGGAACAGGACCAUGAGCCGCCCUAUGAGAUCUCGGUUCAGGAGGAGAUCACAGCUCGCCUGCAUUUCAUCAAGUUUGAGAACACCUACAUGGAAGCCUGCCUGGACUUUAUCAGAGACCACCUAGUCAACACUGAGACUAAGGUCAUCCAGGCCACUGGGGGUGGAGCCUACAAGUUCAAGGACCUCAUUGAGGAGAAGCUGCGUCUGAAGGUGGACAAAGAGGAUGUAAUGACCUGCUUGAUUAAGGGGUGCAACUUCGUGCUGAAGAACAUCCCACACGAGGCCUUCAUGUACCAGAAAGACUCAGACCCAGAGUUUCGAUUUCAGACAAAUCACCCCAACAUCUUCCCCUACCUUCUAGUCAACAUUGGCUCUGGCGUCUCCAUCGUGAAGGUGGAGACAGAGGACCGAUUCGAAUGGAUUGGUGGAAGCUCCAUUGGAGGAGGCACCUUCUGGGGGCUUGGGGCGCUGCUCACCAAAACAAAGAAGUUUGAUGAAUUGCUGCAGCUGGCUUCCAGAGGCCGGCAUGCCAACGUUGACAUGCUGGUCCAGGACAUCUAUGGUGGCGCCCACCAGACCCUGGGGCUGAGUGGCAAUCUCAUCGCGAGCAGUUUUGGGAAGUCAGCCACUGCUGACAGAGAGUUCUCCAAAGAAGACAUGGCCAAGAGCCUGCUGCACAUGAUCAGCAAUGACAUCGGACAGCUCGCCUGUCUCUACGCCAAGCUUCAUGGCUUAGACAGGGUCUACUUUGGGGGCUUCUUCAUCCGGGGUCACCCUGUGACCAUGCGCACCAUCACCUACAGCAUCAACUUCUUCUCCAAGGGUGAAGUCCAGGCACUCUUCCUGAGACAUGAAGGCUACCUGGGGGCCAUCGGGGCGUUUCUAAAAGGAGCGGAGCAAGACAAUCCUAACCAGUACAGCUGGGGUGAGAACUACGCAGCCAGCUCCGGGCUGAUGAGCACGUCGCCCGAGCUGUGCCCGACACAGCGGGCAAGGAGCGGCACAUUUGACCUGCUGGAAAUGGACCGACUGGAGAGGCCCCUGGUCAAUCUGCCCCUCCUCCUGGACCCAUCCUCCUAUGUGCCUGACACAGUAGACCUCACUGAUGAUGCUCUGGCCCGUCAGUACUGGCUCACGUGCUUUGAGGAGGCCUUGGAUGGGGUGGUGAAGCGAGCUGUGGCCAGCCAGCCAGAAUCCAUGGACGCAGCUGAGAGGGCAGAGAAGUUCCGUCAGAAGUACUGGGGCAAACUGCAGACCCUGCGACACCAGCCCUUUGCUUAUGGGACGCUGACUGUGCGCAGCCUGUUGGACACAAGAGAACACUGUUUAAAUGAGUUCAACUUCCCAGAUCCCUACUCCAAGGUGAAGCAGAAAGAAAAUGGCCUUGCGCUGAAGUGCUUUCAGAAUGUGACACGCUCGCUGGACUCACUAGGCUGGGAGGAGCGGCAGCUGGCCCUGGUGAAGGGGCUGUUAGCUGGGAAUGUCUUUGACUGGGGAGCCAAGGCCGUGUCUGAUGUGCUGGAAUCGGACCCCCAGUUUGGGUUUGAAGAAGCAAAGAGAAAACUGCAAGAACGGCCCUGGCUUGUGGAUUCCUACACCGAGUGGCUCCAGAGGUUAAAGGGACCCCCUCAUAAAUGUGCCUUAAUUUUCGCAGAUAACAGUGGAAUAGACAUCAUUUUGGGAGUCUUCCCCUUUGUCAGGGAGCUACUCUUUAGAGGGACAGAGGUCAUCUUGGCAUGCAACUCAGGCCCUGCCCUGAACGAUGUGACCUACAGUGAGUCUCUCAUUGUGGCAGAACGCAUUGCAGCCAUGGACCCCAUUAUCUGCACUGCGCUCAGAGAAGAUAGGCUACUGCUGGUGCAGACCGGUUCCAGCUCCCCAUGCCUAGAUCUCAGCCGCCUAGACAAGGGACUGGCCGUGCUGGUGCGAGAGCGUGGUGCAGACCUGGUGGUCAUCGAGGGAAUGGGCCGUGCCAUACACACCAACUACCACGCCCUGCUGCGCUGCGAGAGCCUGAAGCUGGCAGUGGUGAAGAACGCCUGGCUGGCCGAGCGGCUGGGCGGCCAGCUCUUCAGCGUCAUCUUCAAAUACGAGGUUCCCACCAAGUGAGACACCCACCCCACCACAUGUGUCUGCGUGUGCCUCCUGAGGAAUGUGAUUACGGAGGAACCUGUGCUCACACCGGAGAAUUGACUGACAGUGCGCGUGCCAGGGCCACCCAACCCAGCAUUUGUCCUGCGGGACACUAGUGUUGGAAUGUAUUUAACUGUUAAAUAAUCUUUUAUAUAUAUAUAUAUACAUAUAUAUAUAAAUAUAUAAAUACACAUGU